AUGCACGACUUUUCCAAGAACCACCAAAAACUCUCUCCUCCUCUGUGUAGAGAUCGUGAGGGACGAAACUAGAGGCACUUGGCCGUUUGUUUUCGAACCUGGCCCUUUCUUUUUCUUCAGGUCGGUUUUCCAUGGCUCACCUAUUUGGUUUUCCCAUUCAGUUUUUAUUUUUUAUUUUUUAUUUUUUUAGUUUGAAUGAAAACAAAAUAAUACUAAUGGUUAAUGGGGUAUCGUUUGUUUAUCUGCUGGGAUUCAAUGAUGUGGGCUUCGCACAUUCGAAUAAUUAAAAUCGAAUAUGCUUUUAAUGCACCAACUGCUCUUCUUUCUUCUUGGCGGUCCGUUUUAAUUUGGGUUUCUUCGAUUCUAAGCCUUUCUUGAGAGAGAGUGAGAGAGAGAUAGAGAGAGAGGGAGACAGAGAAGUAGCGAUUAAUUAUUUGUCUUAAUUUGAGUUGUUGAAAUACCAAACUUGAUUUUUGAGGUCGACUUUUGCCUCUUAUCAUCUUAUCUACGUCUUAAUUACUUUUGACCGAUCGAGCGUGGAAAUUUUGAGGUGGAAUCAUCUCAACCUGCGAUGUGAUCUUGGGAUUUCUUGAUCUGGGUACUUGGAGUUUUCAAUCCUAUAUACCUUUGGUAGAAUUAAAUAAGGGGUUUCUUCACAGUUUUAAGCUGAUUAAGCCUCACAUAUUUGUGGGCAAACAGACGUGUUCUUAAAAAUCAUGAUUGGAUAUAGAGAGGUUAUCACCUGGGUGUUCUAAAGAUGUACGCGGUGGAGAGACUGGGUAGCUACAUCACCAGAGGUGUGUACACUGUCUCCGGCCCAUUCCAUCCAUUUGGAGGAGCCGUGGACAUAAUUGUAGUUGAACAGCAAGAUGGGAGCUUCAAGUCAUCGCCAUGGUAUGUUCGGUUUGGGAAAUUUCAGGGGGUUUUGAAAACCAAGGAGAAGGUGGUCAACAUCAGUGUCAAUGGCGUCGAGGCUAAUUUCCACAUGUAUUUGGAUCAUAAAGGAGAAGCUUACUUUCUCAGACAGGUAGAUGUAGGGGAAGGGGAAACUGUAUCAUAUUCUUUGUCCUCUGGGGAUGAGACGGAUGGGCAAUCCCAGAAUGAUAGGCGGCCUGUGAAUUCCAAAAGUUGCAAUUUUGAUAGCACUGUGUCGGAUUCAGUUGAUAAGAUUGAUGGGAGUAGUGGGAAGGUUUUGGCGAGGUCUAAAUCUCGGCGGUCAAGGAUUUUUGGGCAUGUUUUUGGCCGGAGAUCGAGGAGGGAGGAACGUUAUUUGGAAGGAGAGGGUGGUGAUGCAAGGGCAGAUUCAUUGGAGCGUGCUGAGAUGGCGGCCAACCUCCUGGAGGUUAAAUGGUCUACUAAUCUUGCCAUGAAUCAGCCUUGGAAAGGUACUGCGCACAAAGAUGUGCCGAUUACUGAUGAGAAAGACGAGGUCAGCACACCUGAGCAUGGCAAUGAGGAAAUGGGGGGCAGUUCUCUCCCUGGAUUUGAGGAUCUGCAGGGUUUUGUUGAGGAGACCAGUAAAGAAUUAUUUCGUUUUAGCACCCCUGAACAAGUUACUGAAACAUCCGUGUCAAGCAAAAUUGUAUCUGAAGGGAAAUGCGAGACGAUGUAUCCAUUAUCAAGAAAGGCUGAUGUUGGGGAAACUGAACAUGAUGAAAAUGUUCAGGUUCAAUAUUCGAUCGAGCUUGAAGAAGAUACUGGAACGCAUAUCGAUGAAGAACAGGCUUUCCAUGGACAGGAUAUUUUAGCCGGAUGUGGCAUUCCCCAUGAAGGGGUGGGAACAGAUAGAGUUCACUCCUUAAUAUAUUGUAAAACAUCAGAGAGAUCAAUAGUGGCAAUGGAUGGUUCUGGCAAGCAUGUUCAUGAAGCGAUAUACCUUGCUAGUGAAGGACAUGGGGAAGUCCACGUUCAUGCUGAAAUGCUGCAUUCAACAACUGAACUGCUAUUGGAGGAUAUAAUUAUUCUUCAAGUUGCUGAAGAUGGUGCUUUGCAGACAGAGCCGGUGGAGGUCCAUGAGGUUCAUUCUCGACAAAUAAGCCCUUCUUCCUCUUGCAUAGAUAAAUGUGAUGUCGUGGACCUUGAAGAGCCACCAGCUGUAGCAAAAUUCUAUACCCAAAUGGUCAGUUUGGACCCAACACUUAGUUCAGUUGGUGAAGUAAGGUCACCGAGCACACGCACCAUUUCCAGUUCAAGCAACUCAGCCCAUCAAGCUCAAGAUAUGGAAAAUAAGGAUGAAGGAAUCACAAGCAAGUUCCAACCUUCUAUGGAGUCUAUUGGCACCUGUGUACCAACAAAAGCAACAAGUAUGCUGCCAUCAGGGAGUUCAGAAGAACAACAGCUUCUCUUCAGUGACAUUGACGGAAUCAGUGAGAUGCAGUGCGUUGAGUCAAUAUCAAGAGAGCAUGUGGAUAAAGAAAGUGUCUCAGUUAGUCCUGAUCGCAUUAAAGAAGCAAAUGGAUCAGUCAAUGUAAGAUAUGGGUCAUCUCAGCCUCUGGAAAAAUUAGUUGAAGAGAAUCCACUGACUGAUCUAGAAAACUCGACUGAAAAAUUGAGGAUAACAUCCACCCCUAUCAUCAUAUCUGGAAAGCAAAUGGUUUGCAGUGAGGAAGGUCGGCGUCUGGUACAAUCAUUGCCCAAUUUGUGUCCUCACACUGAAAAUCCAAAUGCACUUAACAUUGAUCAUCCUCUCAGCCACUCACUGGACUCAAGUUACAAAUCCUUGAGUUUAAAACUGCAUAACAAAUGUGAUUCAAGCUAUAUCAAAUCGGACAAAGAUCUGCAAUUGGCAGUGGAGCAGCUAAACACUGAGGAUAUGGGGGAGUCUACAAAUGUCGUUGCGAGUCCUGCUGUGGGAGAUCCAUCAAAAUCCAGUGUUGCCUCCGAGGGAGGCUGGAGGAUUUGGCCUUUCAGGAGAUCAAGUUCCAAGAAGGGUAUGCCACCAGCUCUGACAAAUGGUAUAACUUCUAAUGCUGAGAGUGCUUUGGAGAGCACUGUGGGGGUGAAUGCAGAAAACAAUUUGCUUAGACUGAAGCGGGAGAAAAAGAUGGUGAGGGCAAUGACUCCAACGUCUGAGCAACUGGCAUCCUUGAAUCUGAAAGAAGGGAAGAACACAGUGACCUUUACAUUCUCCACAGCGAUGUUGGGCAAUCAGCAGGUUGAUGCGAGUGUAUAUUUGUGGAAAUGGAACACUCAUAUAGUUAUCUCAGACGUGGAUGGAACAAUUACAAAAUCGGAUGUUCUUGGUCAGUUCAUGCCUUUCGUUGGGGUUGAUUGGUCACAAACAGGCGUUGCACAUUUGUUUUCAGCUAUCAAGGAAAAUGGGUAUCAAUUGCUUUUUCUUAGUGCACGUGCAAUUUCUCAGGCUUAUCACACUAGACAAUUUCUGUUCAACCUUAAGCAGGAUGGGAAGGCUCUACCAGAAGGGCCUGUUGUUAUUUCCCCUGAUGGACUUUUCCCUUCUCUAUAUAGAGAAGUUAUCAGGAGGGCUCCUCAUGAAUUCAAGAUCUCAUGUUUAGAGGUUAUCAGGGAUUUAUUUCCUUCUGAUCACAAUCCAUUCUAUGCUGGUUUUGGAAACAGAAAUACUGAUGAAAUCAGCUAUCUUAAGAUUGGAAUCCCCUUAGGAAAAAUCUUUAUUAUUAAUCCUAAGGGUGAGGUUGCUGUAAACCGCCGUGUUGACACAAGAUCAUAUAGUUCACUUCAUGCUCUUGUGAAUGGCAUGUUUCCACCCAGGACCUCGUCUGAGCAGGAGGAUUUUAAUUCAUGGAAUUUCUGGAAGUUGCCACCUCCUGCUAUCUAGGUUUGAAGUUGUUAACAUGCACAUAUUAAUUAAUCCCCUGGUUGUGGAGAUGGAGUGGUGUUGCAAGUGCCUGUCUGGAAUUAUCUGGUUAUAUCUUUACCCGGGCUGAUGGCAGAAGUUCCACUUUGUUCAUAUUUUUACUUGGCAGGAUGAUAUAUUGGCAACCUGAAAGUAUCUGUAGAAGAUUUACAAUAGAGGGGUUGGAUCUGUCACACCUAGAAUUUUUGGGGUUCUUUUGGGAAGAAAUGGGGUCUGAUAAAAUCAAAAUCAGAAAAUUCUGUUUCAUAGUCUGUUCAUAUUAAUUAGUAACACUUUUAUGUAGUUCUCUGUUGAAAUCCCAUUAGUUAGGCAUGCUUGAAUGCUAGUGUAAAAAGUGUCUUCAAAUGCAAAGGCAUUUCUCUUCAUCA